UGAUGGUUUCUGGUAUAUAGAAAAACUAGACUUUUCCUUUCUAAAAAUAGUUGGGCUUUCACAGAAAGUUAAAAGUUAAAAUGACGGAAGUUUGUGAACCUUUGACUCUUGCAAGAGAUGUCAAGCGAUCCAUAGAACUAUUGGAAAAACUCCAGGCCAGCGGAGAUUUUCCAACAACGAAAUUGGCUGCUUUGCAAAAGGUACUACAAAGUGAUUUUCUUAAUGCUGUCCGCGAAGUAUAUGAGCACGUAUACGAAACAGUAGAUAUUCAAGGAUCUCAAGAUGUGCGUGCGUCUGCAACGGCCAAGGCUACAGUAGCAGCAUUUGCAGCAAGUGAGGGUCAUGCACAUCCGAGGGUAGUGGAGUUACCAAAGACAGAAGAAGGUCUUGGGUUCAAUGUUAUGGGUGGCAAGGAACAAAACUCUCCAAUAUAUAUAUCACGUAUCAUCCCAGGUGGUGUAGCCGACCGCCAUGGAGGAUUAAAGCGUGGUGAUCAGCUACUAUCUGUAAAUGGAGUGUCUGUUGAGGGAGAAAACCAUGAGAAGGCUGUUGAACUAUUGAAGCAAGCAGUGGGCUCAGUAAAGUUGGUCGUGAGAUAUACUCCUAAAGUUUUGGAAGAAAUGGAAAUGCGCUUUGAUAAGCAACGUACAACCAGAAGGCGACAAUAAACUUAUUAGUAAAAUUGAAUGUAUGAGCUAUGCAAAUUUAACUAAUUAAUUGGUAGAUUUGUUUAUGCAUAUAACAAAUUAAUCUAUUUCAAGUGCAUUACACCUCGAAUAGCAUUUUGCCUCUCACAAUUUGGCACUUGCGCAAAUAAAUCUAUCUCAUGUUUUCCCAAUUUCGACAUAAUGAUUAAAUAAAAUGUUAAGCUUAUUUCAAUAUAA